AUGGCAACAGCCUUGUCGACCACGGACCCGGUCCUCAAACAGGCUUAUCGAGACUUCAUCACAGGCUGCCACAUCCUCCACUAUCACAAAGUCCUCGACGCCUACGGCCACCUCUCAAUCCGCCACCCGCACAACCCAGACCACUUCAUAAUGUCCCGCUACAUUGCCCCCGCAACCAUAGCCUCCGAAAACGACCUUAUAGAAUACCACGUCUCCAACGCCGAACCCGUCGGCCCAACCUCCACGAAAGGAUACUCCGAACGCUGCAUCCACAGCGAGAUCUACAAACGCUACGAAAGUGUCAACGCGGUCGUGCAUUCCCACUCGCCUGAGAUCGUACCGUAUAGCAUGUCCGGUGUGCCGUUGAAGCCGUGCUUCCACAUGGCGGGAUUUCUGGGGACGAGGACGCCGGUGUGGGACAUUGCGAAGUGUUGGCAGGAGGGGGAUGAGAGAAAUUUUCUUGUGAGUAAUACCCGGCUCGGGGCUUCUUUGGCAGAACGUUUCGAGGGCGAUUCUAUUUCAGGACCAGAGCUUGCGGCGGUGUUGAUGCGUGGGCAUGGCUUGACGGUCCAGGCGGGGAAUGUGAUUGAAGCGGUGGCGAAGGCUGUGUAUACUCAGACGAACGCGGCGAUUCAGACGACGGCUUUGGUGACGUGGUCGAGCUAUUUGGGACUUGGUGCUCAUUCUGGAGAUGUGCCCGAAAUGGCCUACCUGGACGAAGACGAGGCUGAGGGAGCAGCUGAAUUGAUGACGGUGUCGAGCACCAGAGCUUGGAGGCUCUGGGCGAGAGAGGUGGAAGCUGCUUGGUUGUAUGUCAAUAGCAUUGCAUGA